GGAACCACACCUUGCUUGUGGCCAAUCAGCAGCCAAGACCGCGACGACGCGGAGACUGCUAGAGUUUCAUGUGGAAGUUAACUGCGUGUAGUUUUAACGUCGGCGAAACUGUGAACCUUUUACCGGCUUCGUAAAGCAGGGGGAAUUGUUCACGUUAGAUUUUUAGUCCUAAAAUUAGCAGGUUUCUUUUAAAACAGUGACUAAUUAAUAAUCUGCCUAGCUGCAUGCUUGAAUAAGCGGGCAGCGAUCUGAACUCGGGGGAGACAAAAAAGAUAAACGAAGAAAGACAUUUGGACCAUGAUCGCCUCCCAUCUCUUAGCCGACUAUUUCACGGAACUCCACCAUGACCAGGUGCAAAAAGUGGAUAAGUACCUGUAUCCCCUGUGUCUGUCUGACGAGAGUCUGGUGGACGUGUCUGUGCGUUUUCGGCGUGAGAUGGACAGAGGCCUGGGCCGGGACACCACCGCCUGUGUGAAGAUGCUCCCCACCUUUGUCCGGUCCACCCCCGACGGGACAGAAAAGGGGGACUUCCUGGCGCUGGAUCUGGGAGGGUCGUGCUUCCGGGUGCUGCUGGUGAAGGUCUCGUCCAACGGGAAGCAGAGGGUGGAGAUGGAAAACCAGAUCUACGACAUUCCCGAACACCUGAAGAAGGGGUGUGGCUCCGAUCUUUUUGACCACAUCGCAGAAUGUCUGGCUGAUUUCCGGGAGCGGAUGGGCAUCAAGGAAAAGAAACUGCCGCUUGGCUUUACCUUCUCGUUUCCAUGUCAACAGACCAAACUGGACGAGAGCUACCUGGUGUCCUGGACAAAGGGCUUCAAGGCUAGCGGGGUGGAGGGCGAGGAUGUGGUUGCUCUGCUGAGGAAGGCCAUCAAGAAGAGGGGGCUGGGAGCUCAUUCCACCACUGGGGAACAGAGGAGAGAAGAGAAGUCAGCUGAGAAGGGACCCUUCAGGCUAGGGGCAGCCAGUAGCGUAGUGACCAAGGACUUCGACAUUGACAUCGUGGCAGUGAUCAACGACACGGUCGGGGCCAUGAUGACCUGCGGGUUCGACGACCAGCGCUGCGAGAUCGGCCUCAUCGUGGGCACGGGGACGAACGCCUGCUACAUGGAGCAGAUGCGUCACCUGGAGCGCGUGGAGGGGGACGAGGGGCGCAUGUGUGUGAACAUCGAGUGGGGCGCUUUUGGGGACGACAACGCUCUGGAGGACCUGCGGACAGAGUUCGAUCGGGACGUCGACGCCGGAUCUCUCAACCCCGGCAAGCAGCUGUUCGAGAAGAUGAUCAGCGGGAUGUACAUGGGGGAGCUGGUGAGGCUCAUCCUGGUGAAGAUGGCCCAGGAGGGCCUGCUGUUCCAGGGCCUGACCACGCCGGACCUGCUGGCCCCCGGAAGCUUCCAGACCAGCUUCGUCUUCGACAUCGAGAACGAGAAAGAUAACGAGGGCUUGCUGAGCACAGAGAAGGUUCUGCUGGGUCUGGGCCUGACUCCGUCGGCGGAGGACUGCGUGGCCACGCAGCGGGUGUGUCAGAUCGUUUCCACGCGAUCGGCUCACCUCUGCUCGGCCACCCUCUCCGCCGUACUGCGCCAGAUCCGCGACAACAAGGCGGCCGAGAGACUGCGCACCACCGUGGGAGUGGAUGGAUCGGUGUACAAGAACCACCCGAUGUUUGCGCGGCGGCUGCAGAAGAUGCUGCGCCUCCUGGUGCCCGACUGCGACGUGCGCUUCCUGCGCGCCGAGGCCGGCAGCAGCAAGGGCGCCGCCAUGGUGACGGCCGUGGCGUACCGGCUGGCUACCCAGCAGGCCGAGCGGCAGCGUGUGCUGGACUCCCUGCGGCUCAGCCGAGAGCAGCUGCUGGAGGUGAAGAGGAGGAUGGAGGUGGAGAUGAGCCGGGGUCUGGCCAAGGAGACGCACCGAGACGCCUCCGUCAAGAUGCUCCCUACGUUCGUCAGGUCCACACCGGACGGGACAGAGCACGGGGACUUCCUGGCUCUGGAUCUGGGCGGGACUAAUUUUCGGGUGCUGCUGGUGCGGGUUCGGAGCGGGAAGCAGAAGAGUGUGGAGAUGCACAACAAGAUCUACGCCAUUCCGCAGGACAUCAUGCACGGCACCGGGGAGGAGCUGUUUGACCACAUCGUCCACUGCAUCGCAGACUUCCUGGAGUACAUGGGGAUGAAGGGGACGUCGCUACCCCUGGGGUUCACCUUCUCCUUCCCCUGCAAGCAGAACAAGCUGGACGAGGGCGUGCUGUUGAGGUGGACGAAGGGCUUCAAGGCGUCGGGCUGUGAGGGAAAGGAUGUCGUAGCCCUGAUGAAGGAGGCUAUCCACCGGAGGGAGGAGUUUGAUCUGGAUGUGGUUGCCGUGGUGAACGACACGGUCGGUACGAUGAUGACCUGCGGUUACGAGGACCCUCACUGUGAAGUGGGACUGAUCGUGGGCACAGGUACGAACGCCUGCUACAUGGAGGAGAUGCAGAACGUGGAGCUGGUGGAGGGAGACGAGGGCCAGAUGUGUGUGAACAUGGAGUGGGGCGCUUUCGGGGACCAGGGCGAGCUCGACGACUUCUGCACCGUGUUCGACCGAGCUGUGGACGAGCUAUCCACCAACCCCGGAAAACAGAGAUAUGAGAAGAUGAUCAGUGGAAUGUACCUGGGGGAGGUGGUCAGGAACGUUCUGCUGGACUUUACCUCCAAGGGCCUGCUGUUCCGUGGCAACCUGUCCGAGCGUCUCAAAUCCCGCGGGAUCUUUGAGACCCGCUUCCUGUCCCAGAUCGAGAGCGACCGGCUGGCCCUGCGGCAGGUGCGCUCGAUCCUGCAGCACCUGGGUCUGACGAGCAGCACCUGUGAGGACAGCGUCCUGGUGAGGGAGGUGUGCGGAGUGGUCUCCCGCCGCGCCGCACAGCUGUGUGGGGCCGGGCUCGCCGCCGUGGUGGAGCGCAUCCGCCAGAACCGGCAACUCGCCCAGCUGCGCGUCACCGUGGGCGUGGACGGCACUCUCUACAAGCUGCACCCACAUUUCUCCACCAUAAUGCUGCAAACGGUGCGGGACCUGGCCCCUCAGUGCAAGGUGUCUCUCCUCCAAUCAGAGGACGGCAGCGGAAAGGGGGCGGCACUGAUCUCAGCCGUGGCCUGUCGCCUCCGUGAUGCGGGCCAGCACUGAGCCAAUCAGCACUGGGCGUGGGAGAAAGGGAACAGGAACAGAAAAAGCAAAGAUGACCUCUCACUCAACUGCGAUUGGGGGGUUGGGACUGUUCAUUUAUUGGUUGUUUUUACGGCUGGGGGGUGUGAUUACGGAAGCAACAGACUCAUGAAUGUGUGUUUGUGUGAGGGGUGGGGUUUGGUGGGGUUAUUGACACCAAGAAUUGUAACUAUAGCAAUAACUAUAACCAUUACGAUGUGAGCAGCCACAGGUGAACGGUAACAUUCUGUAAAUAGUCUCUUGGCUAUGUCCUCUGCACGUGACAUCCUGUAAAUUUGGAUGGAUUUUGAUUGGCUGUCAGUGUUUUAUCGUUCAUCUAGCUGGAAAAAGAACGCUCUGAUCCCAACGAUUCGUCACUGUCUGUCGUUAUAGUCGUGCUGUGGCGUGGAGUCCACCAUCCACUUGAGUUUGAACGAUUUUUAAAACGACAUAUUUAUAGUUAUAGGUAUUGUUGUUGGUGUGGACCCGGCCUUACGUGUGUAUGGUGUUCUGCAUGUAAGCAGGUGGAAGGUUCCAGAGACUCUGGUUGAAGCUUUACACCAGAGGUAGAGUGUUUCAGGGCUUACUGCAUUUCCUUUGUAAUUGUAUUCUGUUUAAGUUAUUAUUUACUUUGUACAGUGUGCUAUCACAAACCCCCCGCCCCCCCUCCCUUCUCUCCCUCAUGCACUUUUCAUCACCACACAGGGAAAGUGGGGUGACUAUUUACUGUGAAACCCAUUUGAAGAAGUUUAGCUUGGGGGCUUGAGUUUAUAACAUAUCUGCAGUUUAGGAACUUCUUUAAAAGGAACUUUUCCUUUCAAAGAAUGAAAAAGGGUGAUCUGUGUAGGUAAAAUGUAGGCUACCAUUUUUGCACUUCAGAUUUUACACUCUAUAGCAGUGGUUCCCAAACCUCUGCUCAGGUACCCCCAGUCGCAUCCUGGUGUUGGAUGUUGCACCUCAAUCAGCUGUAUGUUUGCUCCCGUUGGGGUGUGGCGGGGGGGUGUAAUGACGUCGGCCUACACUUUAAACGCCUUCUCAGACCCCAUAGGAGCAAACCGUGCUACGUCAGUCAGUCCGCAGUUUUGCAACAGGAUGUUCAAUGCGCCGCCAUUUCUGUUGGAAAAAAUUCUGUUUUGCUAUGUUUGGUCGGGCACACUGUGACGCAGGUGAGCUUGAGGUGGAACAUCACAGACAUGGAUCUGCAGGGGGUCCCUGUGGAGAGGACUGAGAAACACUGCUGUCCAGCCAAAACAGCCACAAUAGGCCUUCAUAAGUUUUGGGGGUUCUCAAACUCCUGUACACCCGCUUUAUGUGCUGGUUUUGUUCAGCCAACCUCUUGUACAAAUGAGGUUGUUGAAAACAUGUUCAAGUUCUUUCUGUAAAUGUAUUUUAACACACUGCAUGCUUGGCUUGUCUGCUCUAGCUGUGGCGCUUUGAGCGUUUUGUUUCUUUUUAGACGGACAAAGUUUCAUUCGAGUGACCACGCAUCCAGACUUUAAGCAGUUAGGACCCCUGAUUCCAGUCCUUAAUUUAAACUAUUAAAAAUGCUACUUGUUUGUAAUGGAGUCGUUUGUUAUACAGCAGAUUACAGAACGUGGGUCAAUCAUCCUUCAGCAUUAAUUAAGUCAAAUCAACAGGUUGUUGCAAUUUUAAAGUUACAUUUAUUUACUUUAUUUUUGUUAUUGUUCUUUAUAGCGGAAUCUUUUUUUAUUAAGAAUUUGUUCACAUUUUUCCCUUUUUCUCCCAAUUUGGUAGCCAAUCAUACCCUAUCUAAUCCAAUUAGUCCCAGCUGGGGAUGCACUGCCUUACGACCCCUUCGCCCAGUAAGAUCUUGCGAUCAUGAGAGUGACAUUCCUUCUCCAAGCCGUCUCGUCUCAAUUAGACCGUUACUCCGAGGCGCUCCGGGGCGCUGUAACGUGCCGAUCCCACUAACCCAGCCAAGUCCAUGAGAGCCGGCCAAACUCGGCUUUUUGGCAGGACCAGGAAUCGUGUGCAACUGCAACCGCAAGUCUGCUGCAUCUUAGCCUGUUGCCCCACUGUUGCUACAUUUUGUUAAAUAGAAUAAGCAGGGAACAGUCCCUCCUGGAGCAAUGCAGGGUUAGGGGCCCAACAGCUGUGCGGAUCGUAUUGUGGCAUACACCGGGGAUUGAACCACCAACCUUCCGGGUCCCAGUCAUGUACCUUAGCCACAGGGCUUUCAGAAAAGCUUUUUGAAGAGGUUCCAGAUAAGACGUUUGAUGUGUGGAACAGCCUAUAGAACUGAAAUGGUGGAGCUAAGAUGGUGACCGGGCGUGUGUGGUAUGACGUGGGCAGAAGUACAGGGUUGGUUUGGGGGUUUUUGCUGUAUGUGGGAGUGCUGGGAAGUGGGGCAGUAUUAAGCUUUAGAAACGUCGGCCCAGACGGCUGCAUGAACUGCAGUCUCUUACUUGAGGCAAGGGCUGUGACCCCUGCAUUAGCAUGAUAACCUUAUUAUUUCAGCUAUUACAACCUGGAGCAAAGGCAGUACACUCCAGAAACAUUUGUCUUAACACUUCACUGUGCUUUAGUCUUGUAAUAAGACCUAAAAUCCCUUUUCUCUCUAGUAGAAAAUAUUAGCUUGUUUUAAGUUACUGUGAAAUAAAUUUAAUUUAAUAAGAAUAAAA